AUGAGUACUGUAUCACCCGGGUCUUCGUCUCACCCAGUGACCAGUAACGAUGACAUAUCUUCUUCCUUCUCCCUAAAACAAGAAUUUGAAGAAGACAAUACUCACCAAAAACAGCAAUUACAAGACCAUCAGAUAAAGCAAGAGCAACAAGAUGAAGAACAAAAUCCUCAUAAUGUCACAGUUCAGGAUAUCCUCGACUUGGAAAUGACUGAUGCCGGCGAUCUCGCAGAUAUUGACAUCGACUCGCUCCAUAUUGAAGGCCUCACCACCCAACAACUCCCUUCUACACAACCAACAGACGACAAUAUGUCUCUACUACCCACAUCUGUCACAGAUGUCAUCAUGUCCGAUCUUCCAGUAGACCUCCCAACUUCUUCUGAUACACAUCCACCAAUAACUACAACUUCAACUACUAAUAUUACCGCUACUACAACUUCAAAUAACAACAACGAUGCAUUGGCUUCGCUCACAACCUCUUCCAUCCUUCUCGAUAUGCUCCCAUCAACUCAGCAAGCCUCUUCCUCCGUCACUGAUGAUGAUCACAAUAAUGACAUGACUGACAUUAACCAAGAUAUUAACAACUUGACUACUGCGUCUACCAUGCUUACGGAAGAAGAUAUACAGAAUCUCACGCGCCCUCCGUCUCAAGAACCAACCCUGCAACACUCUCCAUCUUCCCAUUCUCUCCCACAACAAGCAUCCGAAUCAUUACUCCCUACAAAACCUCCAUCCCAGCAUCUUUCUUCUUCAGCACCAGCAGAGAACGACAAUCGUCCAUCUUCCCCUACAGAUCAAAUUACCCAGGACCUUGGCGCAACCCAACUUUCAUCCCAUGAUUUAAAUCUUGACGAGGCUAGUGCUGCCGAUAUCGCAUCGUUCACACAAAUGCAGUCCCACGAACUUGAUUCUAUAGUUAACGAAUUUCAAGCGCAACAAAACGCAGCUGUUGCAGCAGCAGCCGCAGCAGCAGUCGAAGCAUCGUCGCAGGAGCCAGUCUCAUCAUCAUCAUCCACAAGCAAAGACAAGACACUGUUAUCACUCCCAGAAUUUGAUAAAAGUCUGAUUGAUCAAUCUUUAAUUGACGCCAUUACUUUGCCCCCCCUCGACGACAUUGACGUGCUCAAAUCAAAACACCGUGAUAUCUUAAAUACGAUCCCCUUUGAUUUAAUCUUACCAGAAUCGUUUCAAAAGCUCGCCAAAAAUGCAGCAAAACAAUCCGGAGAGUCUUUAGAUGCGUCGUCAAUCUCGGCACCCUCAUCAUUCCCAGAGUUUAAUCUCUCUAAGCUUCAAGAAUCCUUCGACAAGUCUUCAUCAGAUGCCGCUGCCACAUCAUCUUCCCUACCCACAACUAGCAUACCAGACCUCCCAGAUGACCUUUCUCAGCUUGCAAACUUUGACAGCUCGUCUCUCUUUUCUUCCAUUAAGUCACAGCUUGUCCGCGCACAAAGCGAGCAACUCGAAACAACUUCCACCAAACCUCUCCCGCCAUUUCAUGCGGCGUCUGUCCCACAUUCGCCUUCAGCUGCAUCUUCAAUCAUUUCAAACUUUAACUUUUCCAUACCCGAUUUGAGUUCUCUUGACAUUCCACCCACAAAGGAGGAAGAGGAACAGUUAUUCAAACUCACUCAACCUCUUUCAGGGGAUCUACAAAUACCCCAUAUAGAUUCACAGUCAGAGCAACAAAUAAUAACCGAGAACCAGGAUCAACUGGAACAAUCCGCAAGUCAGAUAAGUCCAGCCAUUAAUACGACUGAAAACACACCUAAUUUCCCACCAGCAACAAUACACUCUCCAAUUCCAUUCCCCCGAAGUAAAGCAGACAAGAGUUCGACCCUGAAAGCUAUCAAUGCUCUCAACAAUGAUGAAUACACUAAUCAAUCGCACGAGCUUGACAAUGUACCUCGAGUUUCUGCAUAUGCGCGUCUCGAUUUCCCCUCGUUUGCGUUUUACGUCCAAACUCUUCAGGUGAUUUUGGGCCGCGGUGCUGAGUCGGCUGGAUGCUCUAUGGUGGAUGUUGAUUUGGGUAAUUCCAAGGCAAUUUCUCGUAAACACGCUAAAAUCUUUUACAACUUUGGUACACAAAGAUUUGAAUUAUCUGUACUGGGCCGUAAUGGCGCGUUUGUCGAUGACCAAUUCAUAGAAACAGGCACCACAGUACCUCUUCGUGAUGGAAUUAAAAUCCAAAUCGGGCAAAUUUCAUUCACAUUUGUUCUUCCUCCUGCGUCUGGUGCAGAGGUCAAGGAUACCGGAGAUUCUAUCAAGGAAGAAGAUGCUGAAACCAAAAAGGAAGAACAACCUGAAUCCGAAGAGACUUCCAAGAAAUCAAUCUCAGUACCAGAGCCUGAAGAUACUCACAAAGAAACUCCUGAAGAGCUGGAAAAGAAGGCAGAGGCUGCGGCAGCCGUUGCUUCUGAAACUGCUUCUUCUACACCAGCUGAUGCAGCGGCUGCUUCAGCCAAAUCUUCCAAACCUGCAACUGCUCCCAAACCAAACAAUUCAAAGAAUCCUCCACGCAAGGAGUACUUGCCCGAAGAAAUUCCCGAAGAAUACCGCGAAAAGCCUCAGUUUUCUUAUUCUCAUCUGAUCGCCACUGCUUUGCGAGCACACCCAGAAGCCAGUGGAAUUUCGCUUUCCAAGAUUUAUAAGUCGAUCCAAGAUAUCUUCCCUUACUACCAGUACUGUCCUCAUGGUUGGAAGAAUUCGGUGCGACACAAUCUUUCGUCUAACAAGGCGUUCAAGAAGAUUUCAAAAGAAGGCAAGGGCUGGUUAUGGGGUAUUGACGAGGAAUAUUUCCAGGAGCGUGAGCGAAUCAAGAAAAAGGCUGCAGAAACGAGUCUCAACAAGGCUCGAGCAGCACAAGCGUUUGCUCAAGCCAAGGCAGAAAAGGAGCGUGAAAAGGAGCGGGAGCGGGAGCGGGAACUGGAAAAGGCUAAAGAAGCAAUGGCGCAAGUCGAAGAGGCUAAAGCGCUGGUGCUUCAAAAGGAAGCAGAACUGGCACGGAUUCAAGAACAGGAACGAAUCAAUCAAAUGGUGGCCAAAAAUCUUCUCGGAGCAAAUGGCGCAAAACCAGGCCAUAUUCAAAUCUCAGGAGUCCGCAUUGGACAAAUUCCUGCGUCUCAACAACAGCAACCGGUGCAACAACCACAACCACCGCAACAGGUCCAACAGCAACAAGCUCAAUUGCGGUCUCCUGCUCCAAAACCGCAAACUCAGUCUCAGCCUCAGCCUCAGUCCCAGUCCCAGUCCCAGUCCCAGUCCCAGUCCCAGUCCCAGUCCCAGUCCCAGUCCCAGUCCCAGUCCCAGUCCCAGUCCCAGUCCCAGUCCCAGUCCCAGUCCCAGUCCCAGUCCCAGUCCCAGUCCCAGUCCCAGUCCCAGUCCCAGCCUCAGCUUCAGCAACAACAAACGCAGCCACAAACACAGCCGCAGCCACAACCGCAACCGGUCCUUUUACAAACUUCGGCACCCCCCAAACAACAUCAACAGUCAAUACCCCCCAAACCACAACAGCAUCAAUUCCCACCUCUCCAGAAUACCAAACCACAAGCUGCUGUCUCUGUUCCUCAUCCAUCAGCUGCUGUUACAACAAUAAAAACCACAGUAACUUCCUUCAAACCCUCAAAUGCAUCGUCAUCAGCACCUAUUCCUAAACAAUACCCCGGCGGCGCGCCUCUCUCAGGAAUGCCUCCUUUCCCAUCAUCUCUACAAUCACAGUUUAACAUGCAGCAGCAACAGUCUUCGCAACCACAACCGCAACUGCAACGCCAGACACAGCAGCCCAACUCAUCCUUUUCUUCAAAAAUACCAUCUUCCAUUUCCGGCCUCCCGAACCAGCUUCUUCCUACAUCCAAACCAUUAUCGGGACUUCUUCCUACGGCCCCUGCAGGUCCGCCCAAACAAGUUCAACAUACUGCUGCAUCUACAAUAAAGGGACCAACAGGAACUUUAGUGAACCAAAAGGGAACAGGAACUAAUUCAUCUCAACGGCCAAUCAAUCACAUAACGAAACCCGGGCCCACCGGUGGAGUUCCAUCCAAAUCCCAGGUGCCACUCCCAUCACACAAUCAGCCUCAGAGGCAACAACAACACAAACAACAGGAACAGUCUCUGCCGCUUCAGAAACAAGCUGCUAUCCAGCAAUUUACUGGCCCUGAUAACAGGCUACAUCCUCCAGCUGCUAUCCAGCAACCCCUCACAUCCAAGUUCUCGUCGCUGUACAAUUCUAAUCUGCUCAAGGAAGGUGGUCUGCUGUCAGAUAUUCCGGUGCUGUCGCAAGACCCAACACUUAAUCCGGCUCUGCACCAGCUUUCGGAAAAGGCCAGGGCCAAUGCUUCAAGCCUAGCUAACACAGCCCUGGGCAACACAGCGUUAAGUGCGAUUGCCAAUCUCUCUCACAACACCAGUACAAUACACACGGCACCGCUUGCUGGUGGUAUUGGCCCAACAGGUGGUCUCAACUCGUUGUCAAAAGACGAGAAGAAGAAAACUAUCGCAGAACUGGCGCGUGAAAUUACAAUUGAUCGCGUGUCACGGCCUGAUUACUCCAACAUGACGCGCGAGUCGUUCUCAACUACAGGGCCGUCGCAGGGUAAUGCAUCUAAUAAUUCUAAGCCAGCUCAAUCAUCUACUGGUAGUACCAAUGUUCAGAUAAAGAAGCAAGACGUGCCUCCACCACCGCGAAUUGCCAAACCAGUGAGUAAUACCCCGGUUGUCAUUGGUGGUGCGGUCAAAAAACCCAAACCGACCACAGGACAGUUACCGCCGAAUAAUAAUAGACCGGCCCCUACGUCGGCGAUGUUAUCAGCUACUACAGGCGCUUCUUCUUUUCACCCUAAUGCAACGGCUGGCCCUGUUUUCAAACCGAGUCCUGCUCCUAACCCUGUUCCACGGAAACCCCCACCUCAACAACAGCAGCAACAGUUUCCUAAACAAAAUGUUUCUGUCAAAAAGCCGGUAAACAAUUUUGCGGGUACCGUUCCAACUACCAAUACUGUUCCGCCGUUACGUCCCCCUCCCCCUUCUCAGCAGCAGCAACAACAACAACAACAACAACAACAGCAGCAACAACAGCAACAACAACAGCAACAACAACAACAGCAGAAGCAACAGCAACAGCAACAGCAACAGCAACAGCAACAGCAACAGCAACAGCAACAGCAACAGCAACAGCAACAGCAGCAGAGCUUUGCACCACGCCAGAACGCAUUCAAACCAACUCAAAUACCACCCAAACCAUCGAUGGGCCCUGCUGCACAGGUCACACAGCCUCAACUGCAGAAACAAACGUCGGUGCCACAAAUGCGCGUUAAACCUCAGGUGCCCAAUCAAGCUCCUGUUGCUCGUCCACAAAUGCCUCAGCAGCAACAGCAUCAACAUAAUGGCCCUGUGAUGAAUAAGGGAGUAGCAGCAAAUACAGUUGGAAGCGGGCUACUUCCGACUAACCCCAAUACCCCAGGGUUUAAUGCGGGAGUUUCCCAAAGGAAACCAAUGCCAUCGCAGCAGCAAUCAGUUCGUGCUUCAUUGCCUCUGCAGCAGACUAACAUGCAGCCACAACAGCCCCGACCUGCCCAAAGACCUGCUGCUCCAGUUCAGGCACCGGUAAAGCAACCGGCUCCUGUCAAAAAAUCUGCGCCAGUCACGCGCCCACCAGUCCCCGCUCCCCAGCCCAAACCACAAAUCGGGCCUACAGCACCUAAGGCUAGCAGCCCUCCCAUGCCUGUGCCUGUGCCCGUGCCUGUGCCCGUGCCCGUGUCCACACCAGUGCCUGCGCCAGUGCCUGCGCCAGUGCAAACACGCGCCAGUCCUGCUCCGAUUACAGUUUCUAGCCGUUCUGCAUCACCUUCUGGCUCAGCAGGGCCUUCGAAAAAGGCCGGUUCUGGGCUGAGCGGGCUGAACUUACCUAAGGAAACGCUGCGUAUGCUAACGCUUCUUUCUGAAAAAAUCAAGCAGCAGAUGCAAAAUACAGGCCAAGUGGUGAACCAGACGGUGCUGACAAACGCAUUGGCUAUUGCAAUUGCCCAGAUUACGAAAAACGGAGGCGCAAAUGCUCUCAACCAGUUGCUCCAGGGUAAAGGCCAGGCUCAACUUGUGAGUGCAAUUAACGCGGCCAUCACAUCGUCAGUAAAGAAAAAUCAGGCCAAGGCAGCUACUGCCUCGAUCGGAACAACAGCUACUCGUGGGUCUGUGGGACCGAGCGGGAAAUCUGCCGUCGCUACCAAUAAACCUAUACCCAAAAGCUUUUCACCUUCUCCACCACAGUCUGCUUCUCCCAUGAAUGCUCGCAGUGUGUCGCCACCAGCUGCCAUUCGCAAAAUUCCUGUACCACCGCCGUCUCUUGUCCCAACGUCUAUGGCUUCGUCUUCUGCACCUUCUGUUUCUCCCUCAGCCUCUAUUUCACCACCAGAGCCAAUGCCCAUGUCACGCACAUCAUACCCUGUAAUUCCCAACGCGCGUACGGCUGGUCUCAAGGUGCCUGCGUCUAUCUCACAACCAAACUUUGCGGCACUGCCUUCGUCUGUUCGGCUCCACGGGACGCUUCCACCAUCUAGUCCUGUGGCCAACUCUUCUACGACAGGUGUGUCAAGUGCUGGUGUAAGCAGCGGCAGCAAUAUCAGUACUGGACCCCAGGUUUCUGCAAAUUUGAAUAAUGGAUUAAAUAACAAUGGUGUUAACAUGCCAUUUCGUCCAUCAGGACCUCCAAGUGGAUAUGGCCCAUUAAGCAAACAACAGCAGCCACAACAGCCAGCCCAGACAACGUACUCGACUCAACCUCCGUCAACAGCGACGCAAGCACGACCUGGGACCAAUGCCAAUCUCCAAAAACAAAAGACUGUGACACCGCAAUCGAGACCUCCGCAACAACAGGCUUACAAGCCUCCGAUACCCAAUACAACGCCAAACAAGGCGAGACCGCAACAAAAGUCUCCGAUUCCCACUCAGCAAGUUCCACCUAGACAACCACCUGUUCAACGUGUUCAGACGCUGUCAUCGCCCCCACUUCAAACGCAGUUUCAGCAACAACAGCGGACAACUCAGCAGACACCUGCACCUGCACCUGUGCCAGCUCCACAGUACCGUGCACCAGCUUCACAAAACGUGACCAAGCCUGUGCAACGACUGCCACCUCAACUGCAACAAGCGCCUAUGAUCCAAAACACUGGUAUCGGACAGACCAACUCUGGUGCUGUGAAGCCCGUAUCUGCGCCUAAACCUGGAGCUGUGAAACCCGGAGCCGUGAAACCCGUAACAACUCCAGCACCUGUCACUACGCCUGCGCCCAAAACGUUCACCCAAACGGCGCCCACCGUACCUCGACCACAAGUUAAGGCACCAGCAUCUGUUUCGCGGCCUGUCCAGCAAACACAACCUUUGGUGAACCACCCGGUAUCUGCACCGACACCACCUGCUGUGGUUCAAGCCAAACCCCAGGUAGCGCCUGUUUCCAAAACAACAACAGCAGUUACUACAUCUACCUCUGGCGGAAACACAGGAGCGCGGCCUGCGGGCGGUGCUUCCAAGGAUCCAGGGAAACAGGCACAGGAAAUCGCAGAAAUGUUAGCCAAAGCUAGCAAGCUUAAGAACCCGUCACCAAGCAUUCUUGCCGCGCUGAAGCAGCUGGAGGCCCACGCAAUUAAGCUCGGGUUGCCAAUUGGCAAGAUGAUGCCGAACGCAGCUAGUGGAAGCAGUGUUGGUACGUCUUCGUCAUCGCCGGCAUCGACAUCGAUAUCAGUAGGACAAGGUGCACAGGAACAAGGAGGAAACACGCCGGUUGGAGCUGGCAUGAAACGCGGGGUAGAUGCAAUUGUGAGAAAUGCGGCGGCCCAAGGACCUGCACAAAAGAUGGUCAAAAAGUGA